AACUAUUUUUGUCAAAUAACUAGUUUCUUAUAUAUAUAUUAGCGAUCAAAUGGGGGAUUCACAAGAAAAUAACAAAGGAAAGAGUAGAGACAAAGAUAAUUAUGUAUCUUGGACUAUGGAGGAUACCAAUGAGUUGUUGCACCUCUUGGUGGAUGCUAUGAAUAGGGGAUUGCGUGAUGCCAAUGGGUCACUUAGCAAACAAAAUGUAGAACGAAUAAUACUUCCUCAACUCAAUGCAAAAACUAAAUUCCCUAAAACUUAUAGUCAUUAUUUGAGUCGGAUGAAGUGGUUUCGAAACCAGUAUAACAUGAUGUCAACCCUUAUGCGCAACAACUCUGGCUUUGGAUGGGACCCAAUUGGAAAAACUUUCACUGCUCAUGAGGAUGUAUGGAAAGAUUACUUAAAGUCCCACCCAAGUCACAGCAAACUUCGAGGAAAAAGUAUGGUUGAUUAUGAGUAUUUGAAGAUCGUUGUUGGGGGUGGAGUUUCUAGCGGGAAUAAUUCUAUAUCAGUCGAUCCAGAUGAUACUGAUGCAACAACUUUUGAGCCAGAAAAUAGACUGUUGGGAUAG